AUGAUCCGUGAUGUAGGCGGCGGGGGCAUAUUGCGUAUAGUGGAAGAGCCCGAAAAGGCCGAGCAGCGGCACGAUGGCGGUGAUUUCGUGGAGGACGAGGAAGGCGACGACAUGGGAGACGGGCGCGCCGCGGAGACCGGUGGCGUAUUUUUGGAGAAAGGGCGGGAGCUUGUCGAUGAUCUUGGAGGCGCGGGUGGAAGAGGAGGGGGAGGUUUCGUGGAGGAAAAGCGCGCGGUGUGGGCGGAAGAGGGCGCGGGGGGAACGGCGCGGCGAGUGGCCAUGGCGGGGGUGGAGGACGAGGCCUGGAGGGAUGCUCUUCGAGAAUUGCUGCAAUUACAGCUCGGCUACGGCGAUAUCAUGACGAGAAAAAUCAAGUUCAGAGAAGAAGGCGUACCGGGCUGA